GGGACGAAGACGAAGACAAAAACGGACAAACGGCCCCAUCAUUUUUGUAUUUAUUACGUUACAAGGGGAACCACUGCCCCAAAGCAGUUUGAAAACACGAAGCGGUUGCAUCCAAUCCAAGCACCGAGACAAUGGCGGUUGCAGCCUCAGAAGUCAACGGACUCGUCCUAACUCCGAUAUCCAAAGCCGACGGAAACUUCCAUAGACCCACCGAACUCAAAGCUUUCGACGACACUAAAGCCGGCGUUAAAGGCCUAAUCGACGCCGGAAUUUCUGAGAUUCCACGCAUCUUCUACCGCCCACCGGACGAUGAUGACUCCGACAAUGUUUCCGGCCGAACCCAAAUCCAUAUUCCGGUGAUAGACCUGGAGCACGUCAACAAAAAUUCACUCAAACGCAAAUAUACCGUCGACAGAAUCCGAGAAGCGUCGGAGAAAUUGGGUUUCUUUCAACUGAUUAACCACGGGAUGCCGGCCAGCGUUCUUGAAGAGAUGAAAGAUGCGGUUCGGGAAUUUCACGAACAGGACACGGAAGUGAGGAAACAAUUCUAUGCCCGCGAUCUCACCAAACCUUUGAUUUACAACAGCAAUUUCGAUCUGUACAGCGCAGCCACCACCAAUUGGAGGGAUACGGUUGGGUACAUAGGUGCUCCGAAUGCCCCAAAUCCGCUAGACUUGCCUGAAUUUUGCAGAGAUAUUCUAGUGGAUUACUCGAAACGGGUGAUGGAAAUUGGGAAAUUGCUGCUUGAAUUGCUGUCGGAGGCUCUUGGGCUGAACCCAAAUUACUUGAACGACAUAGGGUGCAGCGAGGGGCUGGCACUUGUGUGCCACUAUUACCCACCAUGCCCACAGCCCAAAUUGACCAUCGGAACAUCGGAGCACACUGAUAACGACUUCAUCACGGUGCUGUUGCAAGACCACAUUGGCGGCCUCCAAAUUCGUCAUCAGAACAAGUGGGCUGACGUGCCACCUGUCGCCGGAGCGUUGGUCGUCAACGUCGGAGAUCUUAUGCAGCUAAUAACGAACGACAGAUUCAAAAGCGUUAAGCAUAGGGUUUUAGCAAACAGCGAGGGCCCGAGGAUAUCAGUGGCGGGGAUUUUCUCCACGCUUUCUUUACCGACCUCCAAAUUGUAUGGGCCCAUAAAGGAGUUGCUGUCAGAAGAAAAUCCUGCGAUAUACAGAGAAACCACAGUUAGAGACUUCAAUAUUCAGUUCCGUUCAGACGGCCUUGGAACUUCUACUUUGCAGCGUUUCAAGCUGAGUCAAGCAGAUAAUGUUUAGUUGUUUUUAAGGAAGAUAAAGGAAACAGAGUGAUGGAUUCUAUGUUCUUCGUUUGAUUGAAAAAUGUCAAAGCAGUUUGAGUUCCCAUCUUAAUUGGUUAUAUGGUGUUUCUGAUGUAAAAUUCAAAGAUAAAUUCCAAUAACAAAAUUGUUGUCAAUUUCUUAA